AUGGUCUCACGUACAAAUCAUGAUCGGGCCAUCUCGUUGGACGAAGAAGUACGGUUGUACAGUUCCAAUGCGGAGCGAGAGAAGUACGGGAUGCUAGCGACCCUCUAUGGCAUCGUUGUCGCGCUCGAUUACCUGGAACGCGCCUACGUUCGUGACAGCGUCACUGCUGCUGAGUAUUCGCCGGCAUGUACUCGCUUGCUCUCGCAAUACAAGACCAUGUACAAACUUGUCGGUGACGAGGUGCCUUCAAUAGAGGCAUUCAUGGCGCGUUACAGGAUGGAUCAUCCAGCUGCGCUCCAUCGGCUUAAAGUUGGAGUGCCUGCUACAGUAGAGCAUUCGAGCGAAGCUGGUCCCGAGACAGGAAAGUGGGUUGCAGAAACAACUCAGGCGUUCAUCACUUUCAUGGAUGCUCUGAAGUUGAGAAUGCGAGCGAAAGAUCAGCUUCAUCCCCUGCUACAAGAGCUCGUUACAGGGUAUGCCAGGUUCAAAGGCAGUAAAGAUUGGGAGGGACGUAGUAAAAUGGUCGGAUGGUUAAUCACAUUGAACGCGAUGAAGGCAUCGGAAGAGAUUACGGAGGAGCAAUCCAGACAGCUUCAUUUCGACGUUGAUCAUGCAUAUGCAGAAUUUUUCAGAUAUCUAAGCAGGAGCUCCUCAAAGGACACCGAUUGA